AUGAGUGCUACACGGUUCCCGCAGCACCGACUCUCUGAGAGCCGCGGAAGGGCUGUCAUGGCGGAGAGAGAAGCGGAAGCGGAUGUGAUUUUAGUAGAUAGCGAUGAUGAGGAGGAGGAUGAGGAACAGGAAGAGGAGGAAGAGGAAGAGGAGGAGGAAAAGGAGGGGGAAGGGGAGCAGGAGGAGGAGGUGCAGGAGGAAGAGGAGGGGAAGGAAGAUCUCAGGCGACACAAGGGGGGGAUGGGAGGAGGGAAUUCAACGGGGUACGGGAAGGUAAAUGGAGGAAGGGGACUGGAGAAUGGGAGCGAGACAGGACUCCAGGCUGAGAAGGCUUGUAACGGGGUUGCCAGUAAGAGAGGCCUUACUGCAGCAGGUGGGAAGCGAGGGGUACCAGCCAACUGUGAAGUGGUUGUUUUGGACGAUAGCGAGAGUGAAGAGGAGGAAGAUGAGGAGGAUGAAGAGGAGGAGGAAGAUGAAGAGGAGGAUGUUGAUGUGGUGGAGGAGGAGGAACAGGAGAAGGAGGCUGCUGCUGCUGCUUCUUCAAAUCCGGCUGGUGCUGCUGAUUCUUCUGACGAGGAGGAGACAGAUGGUGCUGCUGCUGCUGCUGGCGGCAGGGGUAGGCCAGUAAAAGAAAGGAUCCGGGAGGACAGAUCAAGAGCUGUGAAGUCUACUCCAACCAGAGGCAGCAAAGCAGCUAUGAGAACCCCACCGGGCAGCAGCAGUAAAGCCUCUCUGGAGGUCUCUAAGUCGCCCAAGAUGAAGUCUCCCGCAGCAAAACCCAGAGCUACAAAAUCCCCAGCUGCCAGGUCACAAUCAGCAGCAGCAGUAGAAACUGCGUCUCUAGCAGCAGUUAAGUCCCCUGCAGCAGCUAAAUCUUUGACAUUCACAGGGGAAGGUGGAGGAGGUAUUGCGAAGGCAGCAGCAGCGUUGACUGCUCCCCCUCCUUCUGCUGCUGCUGCUGCUGCUGCUGCGGCGGCGGCACCGAGCGACAACGAUCCUUCUCUGGCUGCCACUCCUGGAAGCACUGGCGGUGCUGCUGGGGUGCGUGAGCCUGGACGCAAGCUGAAGCAGGAGAUGCGCGCUAAAGGGAAGCAGGGGCAGGGCCAGGGGCAGGGGCAGGGGCAACUGGGGAAGGAACAGAGUGAAGGGCAGAAGAACGUGAACGGGCUGGGAGAGGGAAAGGGUGCGGGCGAGCAGAAGAGGAAGCGCGUUUCUGCUGCUGCCGGAGACGGGAAGAAGAGCAGGGCAAGGGCGGAGCGGACUACCGCGCCUGAGAGUGCACAUAGGAGGGAGGAGGAGCAGCGGGGGGAUGGGGUAGAGGAUGGAGAUGGGGAGGGGAACAGUGGGGACGGCUUGAGGGAGGGGGAGGGGAGGGAAGCAGAAGCAAUGGAGGCGAGGGGAGGAGGGGGGGAGGGAGGGGAUGGGCAGGAGAGCGGGAGUCGGGAAGGGGAGGGCAAUGCAGGGGAUGAGCAUGAGGGGCACGACGGACAUGAGGGACAUGAGGGGCAUGAGGGGAGGCGAGCAUCGUUGGGAGUAACGGGUUUGUUCCAGCUGCCGUUCUCUCGAGUGAAACGAGUGGCACAGGGGGCUGUUGGCAGUAGCUUCAGCAGCUUGCACGAUGGCGUGGGUGGGAGGGAUAGGGGGAAGGAGAAGGAGAAGGAGAGGGAGAAGGAGAAAGAAAAGGAGAUGCAUCUGAGCACGGAAGCAGCAUUGCUCAUCACACAUGCAACGGUAGGUGGGCUGCGAGGAGGAGCAUAG